UUGUUUUUUGGUUUGCUGAUUAAUAAAAACAUUGAUGUAUUUGUUAAACCACUUUAAUGUUUAGAAGUAAGACAAAAUGUUUACGGCUUUAUAUUUGACUAUAGUUAUAAACUCUGCAGUUUAUUGCACUUCCACGAACACAGUAAAAUAUAGCAAUGCAUCGCAGAAAAUCUUUAAUUAUGCUACGUAUGGCUAUAAUGAUAUUAUUCACAUUAAAGUGAAUAAUUAUACAACUCAAAUACUUGAUUUCUAUGAGGAGACCGAGUUGUGGUCGGGAUAUCCAACGAGAGUUCAUGUUGGCACCAACGACACCAUCAGCGCUGACAAUCCAUUGUUCGUGACCGCUGCCCAGCAAAAAAGUAUAUCGUCAUGGGAGCUACCACUGACAAUCAACACGAAUCACGGGAGGCUCCAAUUCGACGAUAUGGCAAGGACUUUGUGCCCGCACGAUGCUGGCCCCAAUAUAACGUCACAAACUCGUCCCACUGUCACGCUUGCGACCACCAGCGGCUACGACAUUGACGUAAGGAUCAAACUGAGACGAGUCGAGGACUUCUAUCUGGAGAUCAAUAAGGAGGUGGAGCUGGUCAAGGUAACCCCAAGUACACCCAAGUACUACUAUUUCUCGUUCGACAAAGACGCUUCAAAUUUGACAAGAAAACUGAUGCUACCCAGCUUUAACUACACUAUACCAAAGAGCGUGCUGCUGGUCAUCGAUUCUGACGACGACGUGUGUGCUGUUGUCUCUGUACAAAAUAACUCGUGUCCAGUGUUUGACAAUGAGAAAGAUAUCCUGAACCAGGGUUAUCACUUCACGGUGACCACAAAGGGUGGUAUGACGAUAACACAAUCUAUGUUCCCGAACGGUUUCUACGUGGUGUUCAUCGUGAAGGAGAGUGACGAGGAGUGCUCCGGUGUCGGUGAUAAUGAACACGGCUCUCAGUUCUUCACCACCAACGGACGAGCUAAAAACUUCAGAUUCAGUAUCGUACCGGCGGCGACCACGAGUGACUUCAUAGCGGGCGCACUUGCGUCCUUGACGCUUAUUAUAUUGGUGGCAAUCCUAGCGCCGCUGGGCAACAAACUCACUUGCGGACGAAACGACUCUUACCUGGUCGAAGAGCUGGUUGUACCAUCAACGUCCAGUAGUAACGUGGAAUCAGAACCCAUCAUGCAAGGAGACGAUGAGUUGGAUGAAGAGGUGCGGUCGUUGCCGAUGCCCUUGAAUCUCGCUGGACUCAGCCGAGCCAAGCCCACGGCGCACUACAGGCGAUCUAACAGAUAUUUCUUGAGUGUGCUAACAGUUGCCGUGGUAUACGCCUUGCCUGUGGUGCAGCUUCUCUCCACUUACCAAAAGAUGGUGUUCCAAACCGGGGACCAGGAUGUGUGCUACUAUAACUUCCUGUGCGCUCAGCCGCUGGGUCCGCUCGCCGACUUCAACCACGUGUACUCCAACAUCGGUUACGUCAUCUUGGGCUUAGUUUUCAUGGUGCAGGCCAAGUGUAGACAUCGUAGACACAGUGAUCAACACGAGUUGGGCAUACCGCAGCACGUGGGGUUCUUCUACUCCAUGGGUCUUGCGCUCGCCAUGGAGGGUUUGCUAUCGGCCUGCUAUCAUCUGUGCCCCAAUAAAAUGAACUUUCAAUUCGACUCGUCGUUCAUGUACGUGAUUGCUGUACUGUUUGUGGUGAAACUUUACCAGUCGCGGCACCCCGACGUGAACGCCAGCGCUCACGCCACCUUUAUGCUAUUGGCUAUGAUGAUGGCUCUUGGUUUCUUCGGUAUUAUGUAUCCUAGUGUAUACUUCUGGAUUUUGUUCACGGUGCUCCAUCUGUCUGUCUGUUUUGUGUUCACCUUUAAGAUAUAUUACGUUGGAAGAUUUAAAGUGGAGCGUGCCGUAAUACCGCAAGCGUGGUCGGCGGUCAGAGUGCACGGAUGGCGUGCAUUUAAGCCGAACUACACGGCACGAGCAGCACUACUCGGUGUUGCCAACUGCGCGAAUAUCGCUCUCGCCUCCUACGGUAUGUACGAGCACAAGAAGGACUUUGCUCGUCACCUGCUCGCCAUCCUCAUGGGGAACGCCAUUAUCUACAAUGUGAGCUACGUGGUCAUGAAGUUGGUGCAUCGAGAGCGAGUGGGGGGCGCUGCCUGGAUGUGGGUGGGACUAGCUCACGCCGCCUGGGGGCUUGCUGCGGUGUUGUUCACUACAUCGAGGACCAAGUGGUCGCAAACUCCUGCGCAAUCGCGGCAACACAAUGCCGUGUGCGACGCAAUGGGCGUGUUUGACACUCACGACCUUUGGCACUUGGCGUCCGCGGCGGCCAUGUUUUUUUCGUUUAACGCGCUCUUGAUCAUCGACGAACCCUUACACAGAACGCCGAGACAUCUCAUUCCAGUGUUCUAAUAUUAAGAAUUUAUCUACGUUCUUUGUGAAAUUAGAUCUUUAUUUUACUGUUAUUGUAGAACAAUUUAUUACCAUGUACUGAGUUAUAUAUUGUUUGUAACUUUCAUAAUAUUAUCUAUUUUGUAAGGCUAAGCGCACACUACGAAUUCCUACGCGUAUAACGAAAUAUUAUGUGCCGCCUGCGAAAUAUUGGAUGCCUAAAGACCGUAUCAGUCGUGCUGGGAUUUACAAAAGAAUGUGUAGAAAUUGUAGUGGAAAAUACGUAAUAUAAGAUUUUAAAUCGCAAACGAAUUAUUUUCGCGGUUCGCCGAUUUAAGUGUAUUUCUGUUGUUCACAGAGUAACGUUAAUUUUUCGCAACGUUUUUUUAUCGUAGUGUGCGCUUAGCCUAAGAAUUAUAUGAAACUGAAUAUUUAAAGCAUAAUGUAAUGUCGAAGAGGUGUAUUUUUUCUUAUUUUUUUUUUGAGGAAAAAGUGACAAGACUAUGUUCACAUGAUUGUAAGAUUUACGCCACGCCCAUUAAAAAAUCUGAGUGGUACCGCAAUUGCGCUCGUCACUAUAAAAUCAAAUCAAAAUCACUUAGGCCAAGGAAAUGAGGCUUAUGAAUGUCAAGUUGUCUUUUCUUUUUACAAUUACCGCUACUUCGGAAAAGGUUGUGCUUUAAUGAGAAGAAGUGGCAAGAAAGUCAUUGCCACUUUUUUAAAUCAACAUUUACAGCUUAUAAACGUAAAGUGAUGCAACAAAAAUACUCAAACGUCAUACACUCAUUGCCUUACACGAGUAAGUCAAAAAAGUAAAUGUAAAUUCAUACAAAAGUUAUUGAGUACAGUAGCUGCAUCAUCCACAUACACCAUAAAUAAAUGAGAUAAUAUUUAAAAUGCGAUUUGGCUUUAACAGGAAUCGCGUAACUGUUUAAAUAUUAAUUAUAAAUGAAAUAUAAUUAACGAUCAUAUUAUAUUAGAUAAUAAUUGUAAAAAUUAUAACCAUGUCUUUUUAAUUACAAUGCAAAUGCAUCAUACUCUUACAUAGAAUUGUUAAUAGUUGAUAGUGAUAAUUGUUUAUGUGAAUAAACUUUUUAAUAAAAGUAAUGGAUGACU